AUGUUUCCUGGAUCUUGAACUGAAAAGAUUGUCAAGCAUGCAAAAAUUGUACUGGAAGGUAAUGGAGGAGGAUCCUUUGUGUUUGAAGAUGAUGAUGACAAGUACAAUGAGGAACGUGAACUUCUUCGCAAACGACUUGACCAGACUAAGUGGAUCGCUCAGGGUCUUGAUUUUGCACAUCUUCUUGAGUAUGAGAGAAGCAGAAUUCCCCAUUUGAGUUUUUCUGAACUCAAAAAAUUACUUCCCCUAAUCACCACGCUUAUAAGAGAAGUGACAGCUGCAACUAAUGCCCGGACUCAAGAACUGCAAAGACAAACUGAAGAACUGCUGAAACAAGAAAAUGAUCUAUCUCACCAGUAG